CUCGGAUACAAGCACGCACCCGAUACAGGCGCCGUGGUCCCUCUGACGUACGUGCACACGGGCAUGGACCGGGCGGAGCACAAAGAGCGCGGCGAACGUCCACUGGUCCUCCUGUUCACGGGAUCACCAGGACACUAUCAGGACUUCAGCUACACCAUCCCUUUUCUGGACAGGCACGGCGCCGACGUUCUCUGCUUCAACUGGCCGACCUUCCUCUUCACCAAGAAGACCGGCUACUGGGGGCACAGCAGUGAGGAGAAAACCCACCUUGCCAUUGAUUUCCUCAAGAAGCUCGACAUAAAAGAGGUCGACUUGCUGGUAAGCCACAGCUCGGGUGCCUACCCUGCGGUCGAGCUGACCGCCGAACAUUCUGACGUCCAAGUGAAGUCCCUGGCUCUCCUUAUGCCCACCACCGGCACCGACGUCAGAGCUGUGAAAGUCCUACUCAACAAUAAGGUGGCGGAGUGGAUGCUUCGGAAUUUGUACGGGAUUUCCGUGCUAGCGUCACUCACCAAAUGGUCUUUGAAGCUGGGCGGGCACCCGAUCAAGCCUAACGUGAACGAUGUAUUCUUCGCCUACCUGUCCGCCGUAGGCAUCGACGACGCUCGGUACGACCGCCAACUGACAACGCUGUGCGAACGCGGCGUGCCGAUGCUCGUAAUGAUCAGCGGUACGGACAAGCUCAUCUCUGCUGAGAACUCCAAGAACUUCCUGCGCAAACUGGGCCACGAUCCCACCAGAACCUGGCUCUACGACGGCAAAGCGAAGCUGAUUAGACGAGGUUUGGACAAGAUCUCGGGCGCAAGCGAGUACGGCACGGUGAAAGUCGUCGAGAUGACAAGGGGUUCGCACUACGCCUUCAGUCGCCACUCAAGUAUCUGCAACCAAGAACUGCUCGAGUUGCUGUCCAGGGCUCCACUUUACCCAAAGCGGUUUCGCGCAUAG